ACAGACAAUCUUGCUUUCAGAGAUUGUAGGGUUUUGUAUUUUCCACCUAAUCGUUAGCGUGUGCCAUGUUUGCGGAAGUUGAAUCGUUUACUAUAUCAUUUGAAAUGAAAUGUAGCAAAUAGCCUUCACGGUUAAAAAAAAUACAUUUGCAGAUUAUUUUGUUUUGUGCCCCGCCUAAAACAACGAUGACUUUACCAAAGGGGCCCGAUUCUUUGUGUUUCGACAAAGACGAGUUUAUGAAGGAUGAUUUCGACGUGGACAUAUUUGUGGCUGAUUGCAGAAAGCGUGUCCAGCUGGAGGAGAUGCGUGAAGAUCUGGAGCAAUAUUACAGACUCCUCAAAACAGCCAUGGUCGAGCUUAUCAAUAAAGACUAUGCAGAUUUUGUUAAUCUGUCCACCAAUCUUGUUGGAAUGGAUAAAGCCCUCAAUCAGCUCUCUGUCCCUCUUGGGCAGUUACGUGAGGAGGUGCUGAGUUUGAGAUCCUCUGUGAAUGAAGUUAUUGAAGCUAUAGACAACCAGUUAUCCAAGCAAGAUGACAUUCAAAAAAAGAAGCUCUGUGUGUUAAGACUCAUCCAAGUUGUGAGAUCAGUGGAGAAGAUUGAGAAAAUUCUUCAUCAAAACAACAAAGAUACAACGUCACUCGAGACCAGCAGUCCUCUUCUGGCAGGUCAGAUCCUAGAGCGGAUAGCCACCGAGUUCAACCAGUUACAGUUUCAUGCGGUCCAAAGCAAAGGAAUGCCAUUGCUUGAUAAAGUCCGCCUGAGAAUAGCAGGUAUCACAGCUAUGCUUCAACAGUCCCUGGAAGGCUUAUUGAUCCAAGGCCUGCAGACGUUAAAUGUAGAUAUCGUACGCCAUUGCCUCAGGACAUAUGCCACCAUCGAUAAGACCAGGGAUGCGGAGGCACUGGUCGGACAGGUCUUAGUCAAACCAUACAUGGAAGAGGUAAUAGUUGAACAGUUUGUCAAGUCCAACCCUAAUGGCCUAAAGAUGAUGUACACAAAGCUGUUGGAGUUUGUGCCUCAUCAUUGUAGACUGCUGAGAGAGGUGACUGGUGGGGCAAUCUCUAGUGAUAAAGCCGACAUUGUUCCAGGAUACGACUUCCUGGUGAACUCUGUUUGGCCUGAGAUUAUUAGAGGUGUUGAGGAAAGAAUCCCUUCCCUUUUCAAUCCAGGAAACCCAGAUGCAUUUUAUGAGAAAUACACUGUCAGCAUGGAUUUUGUGCGCAAGUUUGAGAGGCAGUGUGGUUCCCAGGCGAGCGUGAAGAGGCUGCGAGCACAUCCGAGCUACCAGAGCUUUCACAACAAAUGGAACCUGCCGGUGUACUUCCAGCUGCGGUUUAAGGAGAUUGCAGGAAGUCUAGAAAAUGCCAUUGCCGAUGGACUAGAGGCAUCUCCAGCGGGCGGCAGCUACCACCUGCAGGUUACCGAGGUGUUGUGGAGCUGUGUGUGCAGGUGCUGGGCUGACCAGGUGUAUCUGCCACCGCUUGCUCAUCGGUUUUGGAAGCUAACAUUGCAGCUGAUCUCCAGAUACGGCACCUUUAUUACAGAGGUUCUAACAAAAACGUCACCUCCAGAGACUAGCAAAGAUUUGGUAAGGCCUCUCCCAAGCUCCGCCUCCUCCACAUCCAGCCGCACAUCACAGGACGCAGACAGCGAUACCAGUGGCCCCACAGUUUUGUCUACCAAGCAGCUUGUCUUCAUCGCAGCUGAUGUUGAUAAGUUACAAGGGCAGAUUCCAGAUAUCUCUGAGAUGAUCAGGACAAAAUUGGAUGGUAUUGGAUUCAAAAACUUUACCUUAGUUUCAGAAGCCUUGCAGGAUUCCAGGGUGUCCCUGAACAGCUGCGUCCCCACACUGAACAGCAGAAUGACUCAGCAUCUAACAGAAAGGAGCGUUCGUUUCCUGAAAAGCGCUUCAGAAGUACCGAGACUUUAUCGAAGGACCAACAAGGAAGUUCCCACCAGAGCCUCAGCCUAUAUGGACAACGCACUUCGGCCACUCCAUCAGCUGGUCACCGACUCCAAAAAUGUGGUGAAAGACUCCAUCAUCCAGGAGUGGCUCCGGGUCACACUCUCAGACUGCACUCAUAGAUAUUUCGAAACUAUAUCGGACGUGCUGAGUUCAGUGAGGAAGAUGGAGGAAAGUCUGAAGAGGUUGAAACAGGCUCGGAAAACAGCCACCACCAGCACCGUAGGCAUCAAUGCAGGACCGUCAGAUGACAGUAAGAUCCGCCUGCAGCUGGCACUGGAUGUGGAGUAUCUCGGAGAACAGAUUCAAAAGAUGGGUCUUCAGCCAAGUGACAUCACCAUGUUCUCGUCUCUGCUGGAACUGGUACAGGAGGCAAGAGAUCUCGCCUCAACGGAACAGACGGGGGCCUAAACCACAAUGGCUCUGGAGGGGCCCAGAUCAAAAGUAGGGUCUAAAAUGGUUCCUAAUACGAAUGCCUUCUGAACAACAUGGCUCAGUAUCUGCUCCAGGAAUGGUUUUAUGGAGUCCUGCAAUCCCUCAACUGUCAGGAGAAGGAGCACACUAAAAGGUGUUUCCCUCUCCGAUAAGUUAUUUAUUGUUGAACUAAAUGGUCAGGAAAGUAAUGUCAUUUAUGGUUCAAAAUGAAUAGAGCUUGUUUUAUGAACCAAUCAGCACUCAUAAUGUGCUAUAAGCUCUUGUGUCUUGUCAUAUGUGGUUACAACAAAGAAUUGCUCACGACGCAGGUGUUUGGCUUGAGUUGUAUCUGUCAGAAAUUGUACUCCUCAGAUUUUAGCUCUGGUGAACCCUGCCAAAUAGCAUCAACAGUGCAAACGCUAAAGAGGUUUAAUACCGUUUUCCUUAUUUAAAUAAAAUAUCAAGUGGGUGUUGGAGUUUGUUUCACUGGGUAAGAAUGGUCUUUACUAAGAAAUUAACAAUAAAAGAAAAAUGAAGAUGGUAUGAGCUACGUAUGUGUGCUUGUGUGUGUCCAGAGUUAAUUUGUUACUCAAAUGACCUUGUUAAACAUUUAUGAAAGGUCAGAGACUAGAAGUGUGUGUUUACGCUCUAUAUGUAGUGCGUGUUUUAGAUACAGUAACUAAUUUUCGUUUUUUUUUUUUUUUAAAUAGCAUUUGUUUAUUGCUCAUGUGCUUAACUGAUCCGUUAUUUACUGGCUGAAGUACAGUAGAUGUGGGUCAUUGAUAUUACAUAUUUCAUAAUGUUCAAUUGCUUUUAUUGACAGGAUUCUUGAAUAAUUUUGCAUUUUUGGUUAAUUAAUUUCUCCAAAUGUUUUUUUUUUCUAAAAAGACUUAAUUUUAAUUUUGUUUUAACAUCGCACACAUGUAGUUUGUUCAUAUUUCAUUAUCAAUACAUCUUUAAAACAACUUCAAGUAAAUAUGUUAUGCAUAGCAAACACCUCUUUAUUAAACAUUUUUAAUUAGCAGACACUAAAAUAUAAAACGUCUU